GAAAUAAGAAGGACGCGUCGCACUACCGUCUAUUCGAAUCUGUUCUAAAUACAUGGCUUGGAAAAUUUCACUCGAAUAUAUUGCCUGAACUUUUCGUGCUUAUCUGACGCAAUCCGAAGAGCUUUGUUCCCGUUAUUUUUUCCCCGUCGAGUUCCUUCCUCAACUGGCACUUGGCAUCGAGGAAGCUUGGGAGGUGCGGCGGGGCAGAACACCUGAGGACCUCCCUGACCUACAAACUUCUUCAGGCUUUUGCUAGGGAUUACGGUGCUGAGAGAGGCAAAAAGGUAACGAAGUCAUCAUGUCUGGAAGACGUAGAAUAGAAAAAUAUGAACCAAUCAAUUGGCAUGAAAUCUUCCAGAGGAUUGACAGCGAUGGUGAUGGCUACAUCUUGCGGUCAGAACUGAAGAAAUACUUGCUUAAUACCCCUGUCAGUGAUGUUCCCUUAACAGAUGACAUGGUUGACAGUAUGCUAUACCAUGUAGAUUAUAAUAAUGAUGGGUAUAUCAACUUGCAAGAAUUUUAUGCACUGGUAAAUGUUCCAGUUGAUGCUGGCACACGAUCAGUGGUACAAAGAACACUUGUUGCAACAGCAUUUUCUCUUGCACCAAGAUCCCAAGUUUCUCAUGGAGAUCGGCAUUAUAUUGCUGAGUACUCCUGUUGCCCACCACCUUUGGUUAUUCCUUUGUUUUGUGCUGCUGAGGUAGGUGUAUUUAUAUACUAUGCUGUGAAUAUGGGAAAUGUUGGUCCGUAUACCCCUGUCCCAUGGAAAUCUCCUCUGAUUUAUGAUCCAAAACAACGCCUGCAGGCCUGGAGAUUCAUCUCUUACAUGUUCCUUCAUGCUGGUUAUGUCCAUCUGCUGUCAAAUGUUAUGGUGGCUUUGUUUGUGGGCAUUCCAUUGGAGAUGGUUCACCGUUGGUGGCGACUGCUCAUCCUGUACCUUGCAGGAGUUAUUGCUGGAUCUCUCGCUGCUUCUAUGUUUGAUCCACAUUCAUACUUAGUUGGUGCCUCUGGUGGUUGUUAUGCCCUGAUUGCUGCCCAUUUGGCUAAUGUCAUUAUAAACUGGGGAGAGAUGCCCUUUAACUGGGUCCGACUGCUGGUCCUGAUCACGCUGAUGGGAACUGACAUCGGAGUCUUUGCCUACAUGACUCUCACCAGUUCAGACACAAGAAUCAGCUAUGUAGCCCAUCUUGCUGGAUUUGUAGCAGGUUUGCUGGUGGGGAUGGUUACCUUGCGAAAUCUUAAAGAGCACCGUUGGGAAGUCAUCUUGAAGUGGAUUGGGCUUUCUAUCUUCCUCAUGCUCAUUGCUGCAGCUGUUACCAUUCAGGUUGCAUUCCCAGACCUUGUUGGUCUCUAUGCACCAAUGGCUGAGAAAACUAUUUAGUUUGAUCUUUGUAACAAAGGAUACAGAUAUUAACUUGUGUUGAUAUUUGUCAUUAAUUCUUCAUGUGGAACAAUUACAUCACACAGGGAACAAUGAAGUACAAUAACUGAUAAAUAUAUCAUCAGUAAUUGAAGCUAUCAUAUAUUAUGCCAUUUCAUGUGUUGAAGAUUUCCUUCCAGAUGUAUUAUCUUGCUUAUGUAGGCAUUAUUUUCCUUUUUAGUUACUUGUAUGUCUAUGCCAUUGUGGUAACUGCCUCCAUUUUUUUCAAAACUAAGAAACGGAUAUAGGCUUCUGCAUGUUAUGUAAAGUAUCUUGCUCUCCUUUAAUUUUGUGUAGUGUUUUCACAACACAUCCAGUUUUUUCUAUGUCUUCAAAAUUAGUAAUCCAUUUGUCAGAAAAAAUAGUCUUCUAUGAUUAGAAUUUAUUUACCUCUGAUUAUUUCUUUAAGAUAGAAAGAGGAAUUUAUUUUGAAAUUAUAUAGACAUUGUGUUAAUCAAAUUAAAAAAGAACAUUUCCUUGUAGUUGAAUGGCUGACAGGGAGUAAGUGUAAGACAGGAAAAGGAAAUUAUUUAGAUUUGAAUCUCAAGCAAUAUGUGAUAAAUUCAUAUAAAAAAUUAUGUUUUCAUCCAGCACAUUUGCUCAAAUGGUGAAACAUCUAUUGUGUGAUAUAUUUCCCAUAAAGAACGCUUGAAUCUCACUUUUACUGUAUUCACUUUUUUGUACUAGAGGGCAUAUUUAUGUUUUGAUAUAUUAUUUAUAUAUUUACUUGAUCUAUAUUUUCAUAAACAUAGUUUGGUAUAUAUUUAUGUAAAUGUGUUUUCAGUGGUUGUUAAUCUGCAGAUACGAGUGAUGUAAAAGUAUUACAUUUUACAUUAUAAUAUGAAUUACAGUUUUGAAUCUCACAUUUUCCUGUAACCAAAAUAUGAAGUUGUACUUUCAUACCUGCAAUAUCAAAUGAGACCAAAUCUCCACAUUAUAUAAAUAUGAUUAUAGUUUCUAUUAUAGUGUAUUAUAGCAUCUUUUUCUAAAGGAUAUACAUUAUCUCAGUUUAUUUAUUUUGUUAUUUAAAGAGCAUAGGUUGUAGAAUACUCACCCUGUAGAAUCUAUAAUAUUUUUUGUUAUUUUUUGUGUUAACUUAGUAUGACUGAGGAAUCUUAUAGAUGUAACAUGAUUUUGCCAUAAAUAUUGUGUGAAUGUUGCCAUUACUUUCUUGGACAGUAGAACUUUGAUAUUUCUGUUCAUUUGUACAAUACACAGUCUUGAAAAAUACUAUUAAGAGAAAAUGGUAAAGAUGAUGGAGGAAGAAGAGUUAUGUGUACAGUUUUUUCCUCUUGUUAGCAAAAGAUGUAAGUGCCUACCAUUUCUAGAUUUUUAGUAUUUUUUAUUGAUACUAUAGGUUGAUUAGAGGAAUUUUGUAUGCUGUUAUAUACACACACAAAACCCA